AUGCCGGAUCUCCGUCGCCAGAUCUUUGAAAGCGGCAAGACUGUCUCGCGCAAGGCGGCUUCGCGCGAAGCCUCCCGCAGCAACUCCCGCGCAAGCUCUAAGCAGAACUCCCGCCAGUCAUCGCGGAACGCAAGUAGACAACCGUCCGACGACGAGGACUCGGGCUUCCUUUCUGAUGACACAGCUCUGAGCAUCGGCUCUCUCGACGACGAGAAUCCCGAGACAGAGAAUGUCGACUGGCCGCAGGAGCUGGCAGAUCGCAUCGCAGAGCUCCUCGACCGCAAGCGCAGCAGCGUGCAGAGCCGCGAAGAGGCACUCGCCGCGUUCUGUCGCCUCACCAAGUACCACUAUGCGGAAGAAGAGACGCGCGCAUCCAUUACCGAUCUCCUCAGUGCAUUCGCCAGGAGUGUUCGGAACGAGUCCAGCCCGCGUGAGAUGACGCUGGCCCUGCGAGCCAUUGAGCUGCUGGCGAUUACCUCGUGCGACGAUAAGAUCUACGAAAAUACCGAGCCACUGCUUACCCGCACCAUCCGCGACUCGACGUCCAACGGGGCCAAGGCGGCAGCGAUCUAUUGCCUUGGCACGUGUACGACCUUUGGUGGCGCAGGUGAGGGCGGCAUCCUGGAGCAAAUGACCUUUCUCCUGGACAUCAUCGCCUCAGACGGGCAGUCCAUCGAGGCCCCCGACGACCCGACCAGCGUCACCGCCGCCUUGCAGGUAUGGGGCUUCCUCCUCUCGGAAGUCGACGACUUCGAAAGCGAAAGCGAAGAAGCAGUCCAGAUUUUCAUCGACCAGCUCGACAGCGGCGAUUCGGGGGUCCAAAUUGCCGCAGGCGAGAACAUCGCUCUCCUCUAUGAAAAGAGCUACACUCCCCAAGAAGACGAGGACGAAGUCAGCGAAGACGAGGACGAGAGCGACUCAAACACGAACGACGAUCUCACCGGUGGGCCUAAGCUCAUCAAGCGCUAUAACGCGUAUCACAACACGCCAGAGCUGGAGCGCCACCUCGCCAGCCUGGCGAAUGUGCACUCGAAGCGCAUUAGCAAGCGCGACAAGAAAUCGCUGCACAGCAACUUCGCCUCCAUCCUAACGACCGUCGAGAACCCGCGCCGCGGGCCGCGCUACAACAUGGCCAUCGACCAGGACACGAACCGGCACUACGGCAGCACGUUAACAGUCAAGAUCGGCCGCCACGGCCUCAUGAGCAUCGACCGGUGGUGGAAGUGGGUGCGGUUGUCUGCGCUGCGCCGAAUCCUGCAGGGCGGCUUUGCCGAGCACUAUUUCCAGGGCAAUCGGGCUGUGUUGACUAACUUGCCAGUGAUGAUGCGAAUGGCGGAGGCUAGUGGCUCGGGCUCGGGCUCGGCGGAUCGGCAGACUGCAAGGAAGGCGGCGAAAAUGCGCAAUUCGAAGCGUUGGGCGGCGCAGCAUUCGGAUGAUGAGGGGGAGUUGGAGUAA